AUGACAGUAUGUGGUUGGCCGACGGAAUGUACCGAGAAGACGUGCUGUGAAUCGUAUAUUUUUCGGCUUUACCUACUCGGAUUUACAUUCCUCAUUGUGAUCAUCGCGCUAAUCGUCGGCGCCGCUUGGAUGCUUUUCGAGUUUCGCCCAAAUUACAGGAAUCGCCUCCGCCGUCAGGACACCGAAGAGCAGCAGCGAAUUGAGGAGCGCUCGUUCGAGGAAACGAAAUACUUGAGACGAUUCUCCGAGUUGAAUCCCCUACAAGCACGACGGCAUUCAAUCGACAAUUAG